AUGUCAUCAAAUAAGGAACAACCACUGAUCGACACAAUCUCAGAAAACUACGCAAUCUUGAAAGUUCUGGGAGCAGGUUGCUAUGGACAGGUGGUCGAAUGUUUAAAACUGGACACUGACGAGAUUGUGGCUGUGAAGGUUUUAAUACAAUUGAACUCAAAGAAGAACAACAUGAGAGAGAUUCUCUCACUGGAAAGGCUCAGAGGUUUAGACCCUGAUAAGUCCAACAUUGUCAGAUGCCACGAAUGGUUUCAAAAUAUGGACCGGACCUUCAUUGUGUUUGAAAUGCUGGAUAUGAGCCUCCAUGACUACAUGAACAGCAAGGGAAGACUGCCGUUACCUCUAAAUGGCAUAAGAAUGGUGAUCAAAGAUUUGGCCACAGCAUUAGAUACCCUAAAGGGAAUUGGAAUAAUCCAUACGGACAUAAAAUUGGACAACGUCAUGCUAAAGGAUCAUCACCUACAGCCGUUCAGCGUGAAGCUUAUCGACUUUGGCCUAGCUGUAAAGACCUCAGAAGUGUGGCCAGGAGCUGUGGUGCAGCCUCUUUGGAAUAGGUCCCCUGAAGUCCUUCUUGGCCUGCCAUUUAAUGAGGCCAUUGACACUUGGUCUCUUGGCACAGUAAUGGCUGAAAUGCUCCUUGGAUUUCCGCUUUUCCCAGGAAGAAAUGAGUAUGAUGUGCUGCGUUACAUCAUUGAUCUUCUGGGUAAACCACCAAAGGAACUCCUGAAUAUUGCAUUAAACACAGCGUUAUACUUCAAGGAAAUAAGCAAGAAGAUGCAUUGGACAUUCAUGACACCCAACGAGUAUCAGAGCAAAACGAUGCAGAAAGCGAAGGAAUACAGGGAAUAUAGGUUUUGCUCUCUGGAGUCGCUAAAAAAAACAAGGUGGAUAAAAAAAAACAGCCCUGCUAGUGAAGAUAGGGCGGCAUGUGUGGAGCUUUUGCAGGAAAUCCUUCAGGUGGACCAAAAGGAAAGGAUUACUCCAGCGCAAAUCCUGACCCAUCCUUUCACAACAAGGAGCUACCUCAGUCCCAAAAAUGUCCCUGUACUCUCCUUACCUUUUGUCAUCGAGCUUCGGCAAGAUGAGAGGACCAUAAAGUUGGAAGAGAUCAGUGCCCUCAGUACCGAGUCUGUGCAGGGAAAUAAGUCGAAGGUUGAAAUUGAGCAGUAUUUGAUACUGGAGUCAAUCACUGAUGAAGACUGGGAAAUGAAAAUCACUGAAGAGGUUAGGGCAAACGACAGUACCGAAGAUCCCAUCUCCAGCAGCGAAGAGUCCCUGCCCUCACCUGUGGUCAGCGAGCUCAGGAAGAAGAAAGGAAUCAGAGGAUUCUUCUCUAAGAUGAAAAGAAAGUUCUCCUGCUUCCAUGGCAUGGUGGGAUGUUCCGAGGCUGAGCAGGAAUUCAAACUGGAGUCAAUUACUGAUCAAGAUUGGGAAAUUGAAAUCAUCAAAAUACUUAGAGUAAGCGACAGUACCAAAGAUCCCAUCUCUAGCAGCGAAGAGUCCUUGCCCUCACCUGUGGUCAGCGAGCCCAGGAAGAAGAAAGGAAUCAGAGGAUUCUUCUCCAAGAUGAAGAGAAAGUUCUUCCCCUGCUUAAAAGGCUUGGCGGGAUGGUAA